UUUUGUUUAAGAGAAGGCGAGAGACGAAGAGAAGAGAGUGACUUUUUUUUUUUUGGUUUAAUGGUGCUUUUUGUGAGAGAUUCCUUGUGAACAAAAAUUCUUAAGGAAUCAAAACCCUAUCUUCCAAUCACAAACCCUAGAUUUUGUUUCUCAAAUUUUUCAAAUUUUUUUCUUCUUCUUCUUCUCUUUGAUCUGUGUCUCUUUCCUUGUGAUUCCCCAAUUCUUUGAUUCUUUGUGAUUCGAGCUGAAUUGUUUGUAGAUCAGAACCCAGAAAUCGAAUUGAACAAAUUUUGUUCAGCAAAUCGUGUAUAGAUCAGAAGAACCCAAAAGCUUUAAACUUUUUGAUCUGAAUUUGAGUGGAAGCAUCGGAUUUUUGAGUUUGAUGGAGUGAUGAUUUGAGGGUGGCGAUUUUCAAGUGGGGGGAACGAUGACUGGAUUGGGCGUUCGAUCCAGUAGCUAUGGUUCCUUGGAGAAGACGGGACUUAACGGCGUCGUUUUGCCCAUCCAGACCACUAUUACGACGACGCGUACAAAACCAUCUAAGAUGCAGAAAGAGAGGGAAGGGAUUGUACAUUGGAUCUGCAAAUUCGUUGGUCGUAAAAAGGUCGGCAUGUUGCUUCUCUUCUUAAUCUCCGCCGUCGUCUUCCUUCGCGUCCUUUACGUUGGCAAAGGUGAAGAUGGUCAGGAAGUUCAAGGUCCUCCGAGUCUUCAUUUCAAUGGCACUUCAGGCGUAAAUUAUUCUAGCAUGUUACAAGUAAAUGAUGAGCAAAACAUGAAUGUUGGAAAUAUAUCGAUCAAGGCAAAAGAUGUUAUAGUGUUCCCUCCUCCUCCUGUGUAUUUUCUUGGCUAUUCGCUUCCUCAAGGACAUCCUUGUAACAGUUUCACCUUACCUCCACCACCAGCAGACAGAAAAAGAACAGGACCACGCCCAUGCCCAGUAUGUUACCUCCCAGUAGAAGAAGCAGUUGCCUUUAUGCCAAAUGCCCCGUCAUUUUCCCCAGUUCUUAAGAACUUAACGUAUAUAUAUGAAGAACCACUAAACAGAGAGACAGAGUUUGGAGGGUCAGAUUUUGGUGGUUAUCCUACUUUGAGACAUAGGAAUGAUUCUUUUGACAUUAAAGAAACAAUGAGCGUACACUGUGGGUUUGUCAAAGGACCUCAACCUGGUCGAAAUACAGGAUUUGACAUUGAUGAGGCAGAUCUUCUUGAUAUGAAGCAAUGUCGUGGGAUAGUUGUUGCUUCAGCAGUAUUUGAUGCUUUUGAUGAUGUAAAAGCCCCACAAAAUAUCAGUAAAUAUUCAGAGCAAACAGUUUGCUUCUACAUGUUUGUCGAUGAAGAAACUGAAUUAAUUUUGAAGAAAGAACGAGGCCUUGACGGAAACAAGAAAGUAGGGAUAUGGAGAGUUGUUGUUGUGCAUAAUCUCCCUUAUUCAGAUGGAAGACGCAAUGGAAAGGUUCCCAAGCUUCUUGUCCAUAGAAUGUUUCCAAAUGCUCGCUAUUCUUUAUGGAUUGACGGAAAACUUGAGCUUGUUGUUGAUCCAUAUCAAAUUCUUGAAAGGUUCUUGUGGAGGAAAAAUGCUACUUUUGCAAUCUCUAGACAUUACAAACGAUUUGACGUCUUAGUGGAAGCCGAAGCAAAUAAAGCUGCUGGUAAAUAUGAUAAUGCUUCUAUCGACUUUCAGGUGGAUUUCUACAAGAAUGAAGGGUUAACCCCUUAUUCUGUGGCGAAAUUGCCAAUCACUAGCGACGUACCAGAGGGCUGUGUCAUAUUAAGAGAGCAUGUUCCCAUCAGCAACCUCUUUACUUGCCUUUGGUUUAACGAAGUUGACCGAUUCACGUCCAGAGAUCAAAUCAGUUUCUCAACAGUAAGAGAUAAGAUUGCAGCAAAAACAAACUGGACAGUAAGCAUGUUCCUCGACUGCGAAAGACGCAAUUUUGUAGUUCAGAGAUAUCAUCGGGCAGAACAAGAAAGAUUUGCAAGGCAACGACCUCCGGUGCCUAAGUUUCCUCCUCCACCGCCUUCACCGCCUCCACCGGCAUUAAUCAGCAGCGAUUUGCCUAGAAAAAUGUCAAGUGGAAGGGUAAGCACAACACCGCCUAGAAGACGUGGAAGAGACAGAAGGUCUGGUCAAAGGGGUCAUAGGAAAGCUAACUUGCCUGUAAGAUUACCAGAUUCAGCAUAAUGAGGAGCUGGGGGGUUUCUCCUUCUUCUUGGUCAUCACCAAACCCACACACGUUCCAAUUUUACCCACACAGUAUGUUUAUUUUUAUUUUUUUGUUUCUCUAUUUGAUUCUAAGGAUUCAAAAUCAAUUUUUUAAUGUAUAUAUAUAUACACGAACAUUUUGUACUUGGAUAAUAAAUUAUAGUUUUGAAAUUUUGAAGAAAGAUAAAUCUAUAUACAUAUAUCCUUAA